AAAAUAUUUAGAGCCCAGCAUUAAUCUACCUCAUCAUCAUUCAUCCGACGUGUCAUCAGAUUCGUCCACAUCAGCAGCCCCCAACUAUCACUUUUUCCGUAUCUCUCUCUAUCUUUCCCCAAAGCCUUGGCUUCACAGUUCCUCAACCGGUCAAGCUGUUUCUUCGACGAUAACGAAACCCUAAAAUGGUUCAGCUUUUUUUCUUUGAAUUUUCUUCCUCGAAACUUCGAACUCUCGACCGUUGGCGUUUGAAUCCGCUUCCAAUGAGGCUUGGAAGGAGUUGUGGAUGAGGUUUUUCUGUAGAGGCUAGUAUCUCGAAGACAAUAGGAUUUGCAAUCCAUCUUUAGGUUUAGAGGAGGUUUUGCCCCGUCUCAAUCCAUUACCUUUCUCAUUAUUGGCCUUUUGAAUCUGGUUAAAGGACAUAGUUGAGAUGAAUAAGAAUUGUGCCGUAAUCAAAUGGUUGGCGAUUUAAAUCCCCAUAUGCUAGAUGAGCACAAGGAAGUAAGGAAUGGAGUUCUGGGUGAGGGCCAAAGGCUUUUGGAAGAAGGUGAGUUGCAGAUUAAUGAGGAUGUAGAAGACAUUGAUGAUGGGCAGAUGGAAGGAGUCCAAGACAAGGCGGAGCCCCAGGCAGUCUUGCAGAGGUUGCAGCAACAGCGUCAAGGGUCUCUGGUUCGCUGGGAGACGUUUCUAACUGUUAGGUCUCUCAAGGUUCUACUAGUGGAAAAUGAUGAUUCGACUCGGCAUGUUGUCAGUGCAUUGCUUUGGAAUUGUGGCUAUGAAGUUACAGCGGUAGAAAAUGGUCUACAAGCUUGGAAAAUCUUAGAAGAUCUUACCACUCAUAUUGAUCUUGUUUUGAGUGAGGUAGUCAUGCCUUGGUUAUCAGGCAUUGACCUUUUAAGCAAGAUAAUGAGCCACAAAUCUCGCAAGAAUAUUUCUGUGAUUAUGAUGUCAUCUUAUGACUCUAUGAAUAUAGUCUUUAAGUGCUUGUCGAAGGGUGCAGUUGACUUCUUGGCAAAGCCUAUUCGAAAGAAUGAGCUUAAAAAUCUUUGGCAGCAUGUUUGGAGGAAAUGCCAUAGUUCUAGUGAUAGUCGAAGUGAAAGUGGUACAUGCACGCAAAAAUCCACCAAGUUGAAAAGCGGUGAAGAGUCAGACAACACUGGCAGCAAUCAUGAAGAUGAUAUUGGAAGCAUUGGUUUGAAUGUUAUGGAUGGAAAUGACAAUGGAAGUGGCACUCAGAGCUCUUGGACAAAAAGGGCAAUAGAAGUUGACAGCCCGCAGCCAAUGUCACUAUGGGAACAGUUAGCUGAUCAUCCUGAAAGCACUUGUGCCCAGGUUAUUCAUUCAAGGACUGAAGCAUUUGGCAACAACUGGGUGCCCAUGAUCACAACAACAGAGUGUGAACGGCAGGAUAAUGAGCUCGGCUUGGAGAUAGGAGUAUCUAGAAUUCCAUUGCAGCUUGAAGACCUAAGUUCAAAGGGGUUGACCAAAAUAGCCAGUACUGAUGGAGAAAAAAUUUCUGAAAUAAAAUCAAAGAAAGAUGAUGAGAAGCUGCAGAAAGGACAGGUGGGGCUUGACAGUGUGAAACCAAAUGGUGACUUGAGGAACAAAGUUGCUGAUCUAAUGGGUCUGAUCACUAACAGUACUGAUCAAAAGAUAGAAAGUGUUGUCAGUGACAUCCCAAAUGGUAUCUCGAAGGUAUCUGACAUGAAAGUUAAGGCUCUCUUUGACAAUAAGGAAACAACUUACCUUGAGCUCAGUUUGAAGAGGCUGAGAGAUGUUGGAGAUACUGAGACCAGUGCUCAAGACCAAAAUAUUUUGAGACAUUCAGAACUUUCAGCCUUCUCAAGGUAUAAUUCUGCUUCAAUUACUAAUCAGGCUCCAAUCAGGAAUGACAAUAGCUGUUCUCUUGAUAAUAGCACAGAGGCAGCUAAAACUGAAUCAGUGCAAAAUUUUCAAUCUGACUCAAAUGGCACACAUUCCAAUCAGGGUUCUUCCAAUGGCAGUAGUGACAACAAUGACAUGGGCUCCUCUACUAAUAAUGUUUUUGCCAAACAAGUGGCAUUCAGUGACAUGCCAGUGUCUAAAUCUACAGUUAAAAGUCUCCAUCCCUCCUCUGCAUUCCAACCAGUACAAAGUGGCCAUAUUUCUCCCCCUCAGCCUAUAAUACGUAUGACUGAUGCUGCAAUAGCUAUCACGGAUUUGUCACAAGAAAGUCACAUCAACCAGCAGGUCCAAGUGAAGCACCACCAUCACCACCACCGUGUGCAUAAUAACAUGCCCCAGCAGCAGCUAGCCAACCAUGAUGAUUUAUCUUUGAAAAACAUCACAGCAGCAGCUCCACAUUGUGGGUCAUCAAAUUUGUUAAGUGCACCCCUCGAAGGCAAUGUUGGUAAUCACAGUUUGAAUGGAAGUGCCGCUGGAAGCAACCAUGGGAGCAAUGGGCACAGUGGAAGCACCACAGCUAUAAAUGCUGGAGGAACAAACAUGGAAAGUGAUAAUGGGAUAGCUGGAAAAGGGGGAGCGAUCGGUGUAAUUGGAUUUGCAAGCCGGAGCGGAGAUGAUCCAAACCGCUCUGCACAAAGAGAGGCUGCUUUAAACAAAUUCCGCCAGAAGAGGAAAGAGAGAUGCUUUGAGAAGAAGGUCCGAUAUCAGAGCAGGAAGAAACUGGCAGAACAAAGACCACGUUUUCGAGGACAAUUUGUCCGACAGGUGGUGCACAAAAACAAAAGCAAUGACAUGGAUUGCAAACCCAACUUGCCCCUGAUCAUGCGUAUGCAAUCUUCUAGAUGAGAUUGGCACUAGCUAUGUAUAGGAGAGGGAAUCAGUAACCAUUGUGAUUGAAGACCAAAUAGAUUAUGUAAGGACUCUACAGAAACACCUUGGACUGUAUCUUAUAAGCACUAUUACUUCUCAGAAGGUGCUAACCUUUGAAAGGGUAGUCCUCCCUAAUAAAAUUCUUCAAUUCGGUGUGCUGUUGUA